AUGACCUCUUCCAGUGGUGUAGUUCUGAAAUGGCGUCUGGGUGCGUCUGAACUGGGGCUUGUCCUCUGGGUCAGUGGACAAGGGGUGGAGGAAGUCAAACACAGCCAGAUGACCGUUACUUCAGGCCCAAUCAGCAGCCGUUUGGUCAAGCGGAUCCCUAAUCGAGUGCGAGGUUCCACGUUGAACCAAUAG